CCAUCAACUUGCAACGAACCCUGUUGACGCCUUGACAUCAAUUAUCGCUACUAACAAGACUGAAUGCAGGUUAUGCGAAAGAUCCAGAUGAACCAAAUCUCCUGAAAUUGAACAAAAAGCUGCUUCACCAAGGAUCCCAUCUCCUUGACUCCCCUCCCUCCGCUCAACUCAUCUCACACCAUCACCACUAUGGCUCCCACAAAUCCAUCCCAUACUCGUCCGAGAUCAAAUCCCCGGCCUGUAUUUUCACCACCAAGGCCAGGAAAGGGGAAAGAGAAAGGAGCGACCAAGAAAUCGUCUAUAUCUAGUUCAGCUAAAGCGACGAACGGUGUGAUAAAACAAUACAAGACCAAAGCCUCAACAAACGGCAGUGGGAGGAUGGGCGUACAGAGUAGGAAGGAGCAAUUAUCCAGGGAUGGUUCAGAAAAGUCACUCAACGGCAAGGACGGACGAUUAAAAUCCGGAAAGGGAUCAUCACGAAGGAUACUAGAAGAAGAGAACGAGGAUGAUGACGAGGGAGAAGACGACGAAGAAGACGACCAAAAUAACAGCGACGAUGCAAAUUCCUCCCAAGCCGACCCAUCGCCACCACAAACAACAUCUUCACCAGCAUCAUCUCCAUCAUCACGCGCCUCGUCGCCAGAACCAGACUACAUCCUAGCAGAAAUCACACACGGUGACGAUGGAGCCUCAAAAUCAACAUCAAAGUCAAAAACCAAUUCUCAGACCGGAUCAUCUGACUCGACAUCACCCAUUCCCCAGGGUCUGCUCCAUUUAAUGCUGAGACACAACUUCCAGAACCCCGAGUCCACGAGUCUGUCGUUGGAUGCACGGUUAUUGCUCAGCAAGUACUUCGAACUGUUUGUCCGGGAGGGUAUUAGAAGGUGUGCAGCGGAGAAGUCGGAUAGGUUUGGCGGAGCGGGAGGGAGUGGCGGCGGUGGUGAUGCAGGUUGGCUGGAAGUUGAGGAUUUAGAAAAGAUCGGGGUCCAGCUCUGUUUGGAUUUCUGA